AUGCAAAAAUCGACUGAGGAAGUAGAUGUGGAUGUCGAAGCGCCAAUAGAAGACAGAAGAGAUGCGUUGGGAAACGAGUUAGGAUUAGGCGUGACUGAUUCAGCAAUGGAGCACGAUAUCAUAGGAGAGCAGAACAUAUUGGAAGCCGCAGAAGCAGUUGAACUUCAAUACGUUGAUGAUAACGGAGUUCCUGUUCCCGAGAUCGCCGAAGAAGUCAUUAUGGAAGGAGAAUACGUUGAGGAAUAUCUCGAUCCAGAGCACUUACACGAAGAUGAUAUGGCCGAGUCCUUGGUUGCGCUGUCUCGUAGUGGAGAGUUUUGCCAUAAAAGUGGGAGGGAAUACGUUGUUGAAAAUAUGGAGAUCCAGUUUCAUCAGCUGGACGAGACACGCGGUUCACACCAAGUAGCUAUGAUUCCUUUUGAAGAAAAAGCUAGAGUUGACUCUGCAGAACGAGCUGACGUUGCUGAGAUGCCAGAGUUAAUUCAAGGUGACAUUAAUGAAGGCGAUAGAUGUGUGGAUCCGAAUGAUAUUGACGAGGCUGGCGAAGUAGAUAUAGAGACGUACGAGGAAGAUCACCGAGACCACCGAAAAUCGAGUGUAUGGCUUGAUAAUAAAGGACGAGUUGUUGAUGUGGUUACGAAUCGUGGUACUACUCUAAUUUACCCUGAAAUGCGACAGGAUAUUUUUGGAACAUCUGAUCUGCGUUCCCUUUCAGCUUCCCAGGGAAGAGAUGGUCAGGAUGACCGGUUCUGUCCAUCUUGCAAAAUGACAAUGAAGAGAUCAAUAUAUUAUCAUCAUGGACGUCUUAUUCGGAAAUAUGGCCGCUGCGAUAUAUUCACUCCUAAACGUUUUCCAUGCGGAUCUCCUGGGUGCAACGAGAGACUAGGCACUCUAGAGAGGCUUUGUGAGCACAUGUAUCAAGUUCAUGGAGCUCCGACAGAUAUCAGGCGAAAGAUAUUUGAAAAUGAGAGUCAAUUUGAAAGCCGAGGUGGUAACUUCCGCAUGUCCAGAGGAAACAAAACUAUAAAAGAGGGAAUUGUACAAUAUUUCCGUUGUAACAGAAUAUUCUCGAUCGCUAAAGACAAGGCCUUGCGCAUUGUAGAUGAUAUAAACGCUGGGACAUACGAGGCGGUGAAAGACAUUACACAGCCUAUGGAUCCAUUUGGUAAGGAAACAAGCACAAAGCCAUAUCUUCGAACAGAGGAAGCAUGUACGGCUUUCUUUAGGAAGACAUACCUCAAUGAUGGAACAAUCGAAGUGAGGUAUUGUGAUUAUCAUCUUCAUGGCGAUGAAAGGCUACGUCUUCCAGUGGCUAUUCGCAACCGUAUUUAUGAAAUGACUAAAAAGAAACUUCCAUUGCCAGUGAUUGUAAUGGUUCUCCACAAAGAAUGCAAUCGAUUCUGCAUGCCUGGAACAGCACUUGAAAGAAGAAUUAUGGCUGUUACUCCUCGAGAGGUUCAGUUAGUUGCGCAGUCCGUUCAGCGUCGUCUUGAUGCAGCCGCGAAAAGAAAGAAAGCUGCCGAGGCGUCCGGUCAGCUGCAAACGUUGAACGGAGGUCAACAGUUAGAAGCUGAUAACGUCAGAGAAGAUCACGAGGCUGCCGAAAAUCUGUUAAGCCGAACUGAUGACAAUGAGCAUCAGAAUGACGAUCGCGAACAUUUGGAACCCGCAGAUGAAAUUCCUGAGGAAUGCGCGGAAGGUGGUGAAGGCGUAGAUUUCUCAACAGAAGGGCGUGGAGAAGGUGGCGAGUUGACGGAGCUUGAAUUAAGAACAUUGGAAGAAUAUGAACGGAACCGUGGAGUCAUAUUAACUGACUUCCAGAGCUUAAAAAGAGAAGAAAAUAGAAAACGGUUGUGUCGUGAACGUGUACGUGCCAGAAUAUACACCUUAGGUCGUGCUAUGAGGAACAUCCAAUUCUCCGAUUUCGAGUGCGACAUACUUGUUCGAUCGGAGCAAAUGUUAGAGGCUGUGGUUGAGUUAUGGAAUGCAAGAAUGGAAGCGGGGGGCAAAAACGGUUCAGUGAAACCGAUUCAGAAGCAUAAUACUUAUUCGGAUAUAACUCGAGGAAGCUCAUCUGAGGACUCUGUUGAGCAAAAGGAAAUCCCUACAGCUCCAGACUCUUCUAGUCUAUCGAGAUCCGUACCUGACACUAGCCAGUUCACGCGAACCACUUCUAUUAGUGGUAGAAAAGCGGGAAAAAGUCGAGCACGUCGUAGUCCUCGUUCAGAAAGACAAAUAAAGGAAGAGCCUACGAUCCUCAGUGUUGAAGCACCCACUUCGCAAACAGCACCAGCCGUCACAAGGCUGGGUCGUGUUAUCAAACGAAAGAAGAUUCUUGACGUGUAA